AACUGAGAAGGCCAUUUGUCUACCUUGCAGACGCAAAAGGCUUUUAAAGACGGUAGCCGCACCUUGUAAUCUGCAGUCAAACAUCUUCAUGCAACGCAUGAUUGCAAAUAUUGGAAGAAUACUUCUGCAUGUUGAUUCAUAAAACGGGGCAGGUCGAAAUUCUCAAGCCUAAUAUUGACCAGUUGGUGUAAACAUUGCCCUAUCCAUAAAUACCAAGCAUCUGUGCUCCUUUUCCACUUUGUAGCUAAGAGUUUCGAAACGACAAGGUAUAAGAUGACGGGUAGGAUACAAAUGAGCGUUGUCGUCUGCUGUUUGGUUUUGUUUUCUGGAGUCUCGGGUUCAGAUCUGAGGAACAGUAUUACGAUUCAAGAUGGCGGCUACGAGAACGUCCUCAUCGCUAUCAACAAGGACGUUCCAGAAGACCAGACCAUCAUCGACAACUUGAUUGAUAUAUUUUCCUCGGGUUCGGGGCACCUCUUCACGGCCACAAGACGCCGAGCUUACUGGCGUAACAUCACCAUCCUCAUCCCCAAGACCUGGACCCCUAAACCUGAGUACGAGCCGGCCAGAACCGAGUCCUUCGAGACAGCUAAUGUCAUCAUCGAUACCGCUAACCCGGAAUGGGAGGACAACCCUUACACCCUUCAGCUUGGAGGAUGCGGGGUGCAUGGUGAAUACAUCCACCUCACUCCAAGCUACAUCACAGACCGGGCAAACAGCGAGUACAUCUGGGGUUCAAUGGGCAAGCUCCUGAUUCACGAAUGGGGUCAUCUUCGAUGGGGGCUCUUCGAUGAAUACCACACGGACGACGAUGGCGUCCAGAAGUUCUAUGCCGACUCCCGCGGUGAGAUCGUCGCCACCCGGUGCACCGACCAGCUCAAUGGAGAGGCACUCAACAUCAACACAUUUGCUCCUUGUCAGCGUGACCGUGAUACAGGCCUCUACGAAGAUGAUUGCUUCUACUUCCCCGAUCUCGAGGGACAAACCUCGCCGGGAUCCAUCAUGUAUGCACAGUUCCUGGACUCGGUGACCGGAUUCUGCCACAGCGAUGACGGACCAGGCUACCACAACCGCGAAGCCCCAAACAAGCACAACAAACUCUGCGACAGUCGUAGCGCCUGGGACGUCAUGCUCGAGACAGACGACUUCAUCGACGACAACAACCCCCCGAUCGAAGAAGACUUCGACACGACGCCUACAUUCAGGCUGGUGCAGGCUCGAGACAGGCGAGUCGCUCUCGUACUCGAUGUCAGUGGGAGUAUGGGGGGCAAUGACAGAUUGACCAAACUCAACCAGGCAGCCACUCAAUAUCUUCGCUACACCAUCGAUGACGGUAGCUUCGUCGGGAUAGCGCAUUUCUCCGACUAUUCCCGAAUCAUCGAGAACUUAACCGAAAUCACCGAUAACAGCCGUGAGGACCUCGUCAUGGGACUGCCGAGUAUUGCUAAUGGGCCGACUUGUAUUGGGUGCGGGGUAUUGGACGGAAUCAAAAUUUUGAAGGGGGAAACGGGAAUGGAGGACCCGGCAGGCGGUUAUAUUCUCCUUAUCAGUGAUGGACAACAGAACCGACAGCCAUACAUCGACGAAGUCUUUGACGAGGUCGAAGAAGCCGGGGUCAUCGUCGAUACCAUAGCUUUCAGCGAUGCAGCUGAUCCGAACUUGCUGGAGUUAUCGGUCCGAACCAACGGACUCGGUUUCUUCUACCCUGACACCGCCACCUCGACGGCUCUCAACGACGCGUUCACCGCUACCGUCUCGACAAGACCCGGCCUCAGCACAGAGACUUUACCCAUUCAGUUAUAUAGCGGGGCCCUGGAAAUCCCCGCCGACGGCUCCGUAGAUGACACCUUUCUCAUCGAUUCUACAUUGGGCGUGGACACAGUACUCACCUUCUCCUGGCUCGAUGACCCCAUCAAUGUGGUGGUCACGGACCCUACUGGCGCCGUCAUCGACCGUACCGACGCUACACAGUACAACAGAGAUAAUACAUCUCAAAUCAUCGCCGUGAUCAUCAAAGAAACGGCCAAGACAGGACUUUGGAGGUUCUCUGUGGACAGCGAUUCUGACGAGAAGGAGACCGUACUGGUUACCAUAGAAUCCAAACCUACGUCACAAACCGAUGCACCAAUCACAGUCAACGCCAUCGUUGGAUCACAGACCAUAGACCACACUGUGACACCAAGCCUCGAGAUUUUCGCCGAAGUUCGAAAAGGCUACCUACCUGUCGUGAAUGCCGGUGUUCAGGCCGUGAUAGAAAGCCCAGGGGCAGCUACCACGUAUCUUCCACUUUUUGAUAAUGGCGCAGGUGCUGACAUUACCAAGAAUGAUGGCGUCUAUUCGGCCUACUUCUUACAAUUUGACAACAAUGGACGAUACAGCAUUAAGGUACAGGUGAACAACGAAGACUCAACGGCGUCAAUCAGUUCGAGAUCGAAGAGGAGUUCGAGAGGUCUUCCGUUAUCUCCGGAUCGAUACACUCCUUCUCCGGCGACAUACGAGCCCGCCGAGCCUUUCGCUCGGACGGGGUCAGGCGGCGUGUUUGAGGUCGAGAAUUUCGUUGCUCCCACCGGUGAUGAGCUCGCUCCGUCACGAAUCACCGAUCUCGGUGUUAUUGCUACGAGUUACGACAAUGCAAGCGUGACGCUGCAGUGGACAGCGGUGGGCGAUGACUACGACCAGGGCACAGCUUCUUACUACGACCUCCGCUACGCAACAACAUUCGACAGCCUACGAGAAAACUUCACCACCAGCGACCCGUUCAUGGAUCACCAGAUCAUAGCGGGCAAUCUCUCUACGGUUGGGACGUCGGGUGUCGUUGAGUCGCUGGUCGUAGAAUUACCUGCACGAGGGGAUAAAGUGGUGUACUUCUUUGGCAUCGUUGCAAUAGACGAAGCAGGGAAUGCGGGAGAUCUUUCCAACUUGGUGUCGGCCUCCCUGGAAUAUGUGGCGCCGAUAACUACGGAGUCUAUGAUGACGACGGACCCUGAAGCGACCACGGCUAACCCAGUGGAGCCGAAUUCCGGUCUCGAACCAUGGGUGAUAGGCGUGAUCACGGCAGCUUCCGUCGUACUCGCCAUCGCCGUCGGUCUGGUAGUCGUCAUGGUAUGCAAGAUGAGCUCCUCGUCAAAGAAGAAAGUGGAUACUAACUACAACGGAGCUUCAUACAACGAGCAUGCAACCAAAUCAGUCUCGGAGUACGAUAACAACGCCUACUUGGCAUAGAUAUAUUUCACAUUGUAUUUAUGACUUGUAAGCGUAUGAUUCAUACAUUCCAUUUCUUGUAGACACCCGAUAUAGUUGUAAGUUCAUAGAGUAUUGUAUGUAUUGUCAUUCUUUUCACAAAAUAAAUUCAUUGAAGUAAAAUAUCAACGUAAUCUAAAUUAUCUGAGAAAUUUGUGUUGUUGUUAAUAUCUUCGUCGCAUUAUAAAUGAGUUUGAUUUUAAUGUGGACCCUGCUAAAAUCAACCUUUAUCUGCUUGUACUUAUGAUGUACGUUACAAAAUAUACUAAGAAAAACAAACAAAACAUGCCACCAAAUCAACUUCAACAUCAUAAGAUCUAUAGAGCCAGAGAUAUUUUAUUCAAAAAGUAUUUUAUUUAUCAUUUUGAAGAAGAAAACAAAAAUCGAUAACCGUGAUGUUUAAUAAAAUAAGCUUGGGUGCAAGAUAGGGAAAGGUGGGGCGAUGACAAAUAUACAUCAGAGAGGUACUCAUGUGGAGUGGGGAGGUAAGAUCUACAAACAAUAUCUGAAGCAAUUAAUGUUGGACGUUUUUGUCAGUAUAUUGUUGAGAUUUAUAAUCGUAUAGAACCUGUAGAAUAUUGUUUUGGUUUAAAGAUUUUCGUAGCAAAAAUCGUUUCAUAUUUUAACCACGACUCUAUUCACAGAUAGUCAUACAAAAAGUUCUGUACCUGAAAAGUACUGUAUACCUGUCUUGAGCUUCCAUAUUCUUGUUACGAUAUUUCCAUACAGUAAAAGUACAUGUGAUGACUAAUAAUUGGAUACUAAUAUGUGUUUUAAAAAUGCCCCGUUUACUUUUGCACGCAUUUUGUUCCUGCACUGCCCCGCAGUACAAUAUAAAAAGGUCAUGAAAUUUAUCCUGAUGUAUAGAAUACAUUAAUAUAAUAUCCAGGUAUUUUGUUUUACGCUGUGGUCGAAAAUGAUAAACAUGAUUCGUAAAGAGAAUAGAAAAUCAUGAGAUCAUUAAAUUAUUAUUUCCUGUGUAUUCUUUUGAGCGUAAAUUAACGGGCGAAGUUGUAACAAAAUAUUUGAUAUCAAGAAUGAAAUACUUCAACGUAUAAAGGUAUUGCAGUUUAACUUAUUUUGUAAGUGUGGCUCAUAUGGCUGUCAUCAUUUGCUUUGUGACCAGUUACAUUUUCCCCCUAUAUUAAAACACAUGAUUUGAAGAGGUAGACUUUGUGCUCUAAGAAAAAAAUCAAAUAUAAACCUUACGAAAGCUUAUGCACAACGUAAACAUUGCUUCACUUAGCUUGUAUACAGUACUGACGAUCUGAAUAUUAUAGGGCGGAUCUAGGAUUUUGUAAAUGGUUGCAAUCAUUUCCAAAAUUCCAAACAAGAAAAAAAAGGGGGGAGGGGUGGGUUCCGGACCUCUGUGAUCUCGUCCCCCCACUCCCCUCCCCAGAUCCACCCCUGUUAUAAAUCUGGAAUGACUUUGAACCUGGUGGAAGCUUGAUGGAAGCACAGGAACUUUUUGUAUAAUGAAGUAAGAGCACAAUGCACCGUAUACUAUGUCUUCAUCCAUUAGUAAGUCUAUAAAGUACUGUUUUUAACUGCGCAAAAAGAACGAUAAGUACAAUUAUCAUGGAAAAAAACAUUCGAAAUUGAAAUAAAACUGUCUAAAGAUUGAAGUAAACAUGGAAACAAAAUACAUAAAUAAAAAUAAAACCUGUAGAAAUGUAAAAUAUUUAAAUUAUUAUUCAAUCUUAUCUACUUGAAAAUUAGAAAUCACGUCAUUAAUGAAGAGCCGUUCACGUCGAGCUUAUGUACACCUAUGAUUGACUGUUUUAAUGUAUCAUUGCUUUCUUAACUAAACGUAUCGUAUAGUAUACUACCCGAGUUCUGAACUGGUUAUACCAGCAGCUCUCAAUGUCUCUAAUUAUAUAUUAGCUGUCGAAAUUUUGACUGAUAAGAAGUAGAAAAUAGAGUUAGUUCACAUAAU